CCUGGGGGCGGCGGCGGCGGCGGCGGGCGGGCGAUGCCGCUGCACCGGGUGCCGCCGCGGCUCUGGGCCGCGCUGCGGCUGCGCGAGGGCAUUUGCGCGCGGUUGCCCGCGCACUACCUGGCGGCGCUGCAGGACGACACGCCGCCCACGCCCGUGCACUGGCGGCCGCUGGGCGUGCGCUACCGGCGGAACGCGCGCACCGGGCAGCGCGAGCGCGUGCAGGACGUGCCGGUGCCCGUGUACCUGCCGCCCGCCGCUCACGAGGGGCUCUGGGGCGGCGAGGGCUGGAUCCGUGGCUUCCGCUAUGCCCGCAACGAUAAGCUCUCCACCCGGCUGCCGAAGACGUGGAAGCCGCAGCUCUUCAGCCGCCAGUUCUACAGCGAGAUCCUCGACGCGACGCUGACCAUCACCGUCACCAUGCGGACGCUGGACCUCAUCGACGAGGCUUACGGCUUCGACUUCUACAUCCUGAAGACCCCAAAGGCAGAUAUGUGCUCAAAGCUCGGGAUGGACUUGAAGCGAACGAUGCUGCUGCGACUUGCGCGGAAGGAUCCUAAGUUGCAUCCUGACGACCCAGCCAGAAGAGAGGCAAUUUAUCAUAAGUAUCGGGAAUUUGUGAUUCCAGAAGAGGAAGCUGAAUGGGUUGGCCUGAGUUUAGAAGAAGCAGUAGAAAAACAGAGGCUUCUAGAAAAGAAGGACCCUGUCCCACUCUUCAAAGUGUAUGCUGAAGAGCUUGUCAACCAACUGAAAGAAGAUGCACUUCAGAAGAAGUAGAAGAAAAAAAAGCUUUGAAGCAACUCUCUGCUGCAGAUCAAGCUGUGGGGUUCAGUGAGUCUUCUGUCGGAGCCAUGCUUGUGUGGAAAGGGCCACACUGAUAACUGCAACAUCCUCAUGGGAGCACGUGCAUCAAAGUUCAACAGUAGCAGCUUAAAUUCAAUGAAGAGUAGUUCCUGCUGGUUGAGAAAAGAACUUCUGCCUUGUGGCUUCUAAAGGUGUUCAUAUAAGACUGACUUCAUGCGGUUCUUAUGCCUGUGCAAAUAGCUGACUGCUGUUUAGACCCUGAUCCCUGAUACAAAAUGAAACGUGCAUAUUUGGCGUACCCGUAAACUUUUCUGUUCACUGCACACUAAUGUGUUACAGCGUGGGGUUGCAAGACUCGGUGGUGGUGUGACUUAGUUCAGGACACCAGCCCCCUUUUGCAGAAGAGAGAUUGUUGCGCCUUGAAAGCGUGGCCCCAAACCGUGCGCCGCAGGCAGAUGCCUGCCAGCAGGUGGGGCUGAGCUCCCCAGUCACAGCCGCAGCCUGCUGUACCGCUCACUCUAACCCCUCGGGUUCCAGUUCUGUUUCAAGUUCAUGGCUUUUAAACCUUAUAUUGAUAAAAGUUUAAUUGAGACGGGA